UCCUAUUAUUUGUGCUAGGACUCGUUCGAUAGAAGUCAUAGAAUACCACUAUAAAAAUGCGAUUGAUCACAUUUUUUUAGUCUUCACGCUUUUUAAUGAUUAGUUGCAAUUAGAAUUUUUGUUUCGCCAAGACUCUCUUCUGAUAAAUUGAAAACCUUUGGGUGUGUGCUUCAAGAUACUAUAAUUAAGCUUAAUGGCAGAAGAAGUACAUGGUCUUAAAACACCUCGGAACUCAGGUUGCCCUAAAAUGCCACAGCAAAUUCUUGCAUCUCUUCAAAAGUCAUCUACACUCCUGUCAAUGUUAAUGUUCUACAGUGGGGCAGCAAUAGGUAUCUACAAACGCUGGCAGUACCACUCAAGUGACACAAGCUAUCUUAUUUUAAUUAUUGUUCUUGCUGUGGCAAUACUCAUAUCAUUGGCUACAUAUCUCUAUGGAUACAAAGAGUUUGGUCAAGGGUUCUCAAAUUUCUGGGUUGGUGUUGUCUUCAGUGUAUUAGCAUUUACUGAAAUUGCUUAUGACCAUUUAUUUGUGUCUUUGGAAGACCUUGACUUGACUGAUAUCCUGGUCCUUGCAAGUGUUUGUAUCCAGUGUGUCAAGAAGAUWAUGGAAAGAAUUGCAAACCUUAUAGCUUACCAACCAGCUUGCAUCACCAGUGAAGAGCUUCUUCUGAUGUUAGGAUUCUUUGCUGGUUCAACAGGAACAGCUCAAUUUGGGUCAAUAUUCCUACUUCUUACUGCAUUUACAGCACACCUAGUUGCCUUUCAUCUUAAAUCAAGUUUUUGUUUGUUGUCUGGUCUGCUGCUGUGUGUCAUCACAGGAGUGUAUUUUUUCCCAGCCAUACAUCAAAAGUGCAACCCAUUUUGCAUAUCAGCUUUUGCAAUUCAAGUAGCAUUCUCAGCAAUUUUGGAUCUUUACUUCUCAAAAUUGUCUCUGUUGGAGUCCUGGAAAAACCUCAUCCUACAAUCAAAAURUACACACUGUCUAGAAAUACUUGCUGUAGURUUCAUUCAAAUUGGAUAUUUAAUAUUUUGCUUCCAAGGAACUGUGAAUGACACAGCAUCAUUUUAUAGGCUGCCAAUAUUUGUGCUUUGUUGUGUUCCAUGGAUUGUUCUUCACUUCAUGUUUCUGAUAACAUCAUGGAGCUUCAUUUCAAAAAUUGAAGAGUGUGGACUCAUGCUAAAAGCCCAAGGAGAGUAUUUCRAYGAUAAUAGCAUGUCUGAGAUAAUGGCUGCUAAAGGCAUUAGACAUUUCAGUUUGGUCUCUCAGUAUGUCACAGUAUAUACCAUUAUAUCAACAUGUACAUUAGCAGCAAGUGUUUGGCAGAAGGAUAAUCCCUUGUUCUUGGGUUUCUUUCUCAUUGUUAUCCCCAUUGAAUCARUGAUGUUUGAUAUKUUUUGUAAACUUGGUAAAGCUGUUGGUGGGACAGCUACUGGAUAUGCUCUUAUAGCACCUGCUCACAAGUAUAGUCCCACUGGUAACUUCACUGUUUUGCCUCARGAGGGUUUUCAAACUGUCAAUCAAAAAGCAAUGGAGUUAAUAAAUGUUGUGUCAAGAUUUUUUUCCAGUCAUGUGAUACACAAUUUUGGUACUGAUUUUUCWACUAGUGGGAUUUCAGUUGAAUAUACUGAAGACAAGGUACAGUCAUUCUUCCAACAAAGAGUCACACCUGGACUGCAUUAUGACACCUACAUUCUUUAUUACAGUGGUCAUGUUCAUGACAAUGGAAAUUUAGCCUUGACAGAUGGUAAAAUAUUGGAUUUCAUGACCAUUCUGAAAUGGUGGAGAGGUGUACAUGCUAGUACGGGUUCCCGGCUCAUACUUUUUCUGGACACUGCACAUUCAGACAAGUGGCUCCAAGGGCUUUGGGAUGUUACACCAGACUACAUUGCAAUCCAGACAGGAAAACUCCAAGUCUUCUAUGAUCCAGAGUUAGGAAACAACUAUCCACUUGGCGAACUAACCAAAAUGUUGCUUGAGGUUGAUUCACUAGAAGUUAUCUCAGAAAAAAAAUCGUUAAAGAAUAAAGCCCCCAACGUAAAGCCAAUUUAUGGAGUUUCUCAAAAUUGGUGUUGUUUUAAAUUCCAUAAACCAAGAGCAGAAGACAUUGCUCAACACAUUGAUGACCAUUUUCCUCGCUUUAUGAAACCAGUAACAAAACUUUUCACUUACCUGCCAUGCAGUACUAACAUUACUUGCAUGUUUGACUGGCUGUUUGACAAUUGUCGAAGACUCAAAAUAAAGUGGUUUUUGCCUUCAGUGUUUGACACUGGACAUGGCUUUAAACUUGUAAAAUUUUAAGAAAAACUCCACAUACAAAUGGAAGUUAAAAAAAAUUUAGGCUAGGGAAUAUAUUUCAAAUUACAAGUGAUUAUAGGAAGAUUAUGAACAUAAGAUGGACACAUUUUCUGUAAAAACACUUUCUUUGGUCAUUUUUGGUAUACCUUGACAGUGGUGAAUUUACCAUUCUGAGAAAAGAUAGAACUUAAGAGUGGAACUACUACAUGUARAAGUGUGAAAUAGCAGAAACCAUAUUAUAGAGUGUUUAAGUUUGAAACACUAGACUGAAGUCAUUAAUCUGUGAAAGAAAAAUUAACUAUUWAAGUAUGAGGGUGUCAAUGGGRUAUGCCUGUAGUCAGUAAACAGUUAACAAAUCACCAUUUAGUCAGUAAACAGUUGAAAAAAGCCUUAGUCAGUUAAAUGAUUUUUGUUGCAUUGUUUCCAUGGUAACCAAAUAUAAAACACAUCUCUACAAUAACAUUGGCGUUACUCUUGUCACAAAUGACUGAUCAUGACUCACACAUCGCUAAAUAGCAUCGAGGACAAAGAAAAUCUUCCAAACUGUAAAUGUUAUGUUUACUAAAACAAGAAAUUAAUAUCAAAUACAUUAUAUCACCAUAUCUUUGUCUUUACUUAACUAAUUUAUGUAAAAUUCAGAUUCUUUUAGUUUUAGUUACRUAUACUGAUGAUGGCUACGGCUAGUAGCCGAAAUAUCUAAAGUGAAACAUGAUCAAAGUACUUCUCGUAUACUCGUUCAUUAUUCAAAUCUUUGCCCGCAAGUUUACUUAUAAAUACAUGAUGGUUUGAUGCAAUAAUUGGUUAUGAGAAAGUGAAAUGUGUUUAAAAUUUGAYGCUACUUUAUACGGUAAGCAGUUAAAUCUYCGUUAGUUAGGCUUACGACUAGGAAAAAACAGCCUUAUAAGCUAGUCAGUUAACCCCAUUGACACCCUCAACUAUGAAAGUCAAAUAUAUAAACACAACAAUUAGRGCAUA